CUCUGCUCCUCCCCUGCUCACACUCUGUCUCUGUCUGUCUCUAAAAUAAAUAAACAUGAAAAAAAAAGUGCAGCAAAUCUGCAGUGUCGCGUUUCCCGGGAGCGGGAGCUGGAGCUUGGAGUCAAGGCUGAGUCUGCCCAGCAGGGAGAGCCCGGGUGGUAUCUGGGGGCUCCCUUGCCAGGCCCCUCCGCGGGCCCCAGGCAUGGUCGCCAGGGUCGGGAGGUCACCUGGCACACCUUACCCAUCACACCACACCGUAAACACAACAUCCUUAAAAUUAGGGCACGCGUGAGCAGAUUAGGCCUCGCAGGAGAAGACUGGAAGGCAGCCAAAGCCAGAAACUGCUGCGGCUCGAUGCAGGGCUCUCUUGGCACAGGGCCUCCAGGGUCAGGGUAGGGCUGGGUGCUCCGUGAGAGCCGCAGCGGGGAGAGCGGCUCUGGGGCCCCUUGUGCCCCCGGGCGAGCCCCAGCGCACGGCCUGGGCACGCAGCGGAUUCAUCUCCAGCGGUGGGCACACUCCCAUCCCCUGGGCCCAGGGAGCACCGUCCAUGUGGACUGGCAUUGCCGUGAGUGCAUCAUAGUUACCAGCUUUGGAAGAAACCCUCUCUUACAGAAUUUUUACACAUUGAGAUCUCAUUCACACAUCUUGAAUUUACCGUUUUCAAGGGUAGUUCAGCACCAUUUAGUACACAGGUGCUGUAGUGCAGCCAUCACCUCUGUCUGGUUCCAGAACUUUCUCCUCACCCCAGAGGAAGCCCGCAGCCAUCAGCCCUCACCUGCUCCCUCCUCCAGCAAGCUCUGACAGCCAGGAAUCUACUCUCUGCCUCUGUGGAUUUCCUUAUUCUGGACUUUUCGUUUGAACGGACUCACGGAGAACGUGAUGUCUGUGUCUGGCUUGUGUCGCUUAGCAUCAAGCUCCCGAGGCUCGUCCAGCCCUUUUCGCGGCUGGGUAAUAUUCCAGCACACGGCCGGCCUGCACGGCCUUCGUCCACGCUCAUCAGGCAAUGGGACUGGGUGUUGAAACCUUUGGAGCGUGUGAACAGUGCUGCAGCGAGCAUCACGUGCACGUCCGUGUGCACGUGUGUUUUCACGGUCCUGGGUCCACACGCGCCUCACACCCGGCUGAGGUCACGGGUGAAAACACACGUGGGCAGUCUUACAUCCACCUCUGUGGUUGCCUCCCGCCCCUCUCCUUCCUCACGAUGGUUCCGGUGACCAUCCGGGGUCUCUUGGGGCUGCCUCUGCCGUUCCGGCUAGGGCUCGGGCGGGCUGGCCCGUGAUGAUGCGCUCAGAUUUUGUUCUUGUUCGUGCCGUUAACAUUGAAAAAUUUUAUGUGUUUGUAAAUUGUUAUAAAGUUAUUUCGUUCACGUGUCUUAGUUUCACCCUCCUUUCUGAAGGACAGCCUGAGUGUGUGCAGAGUUCGGUUGAUGUCCGUGGACAUGGCUCUGAGGCCCGACGGGACGCCCGCUCUCCCCCGGCCCUUGUGGGGCCUCUCUGUCUUUCACGCCACGCAGUUCGCUUAAGGGGUGUCCGUGGAGAAGCGUUUCAGGCUUUCUGACCUGGAGUUUGUUGAGCUUCUACAGUGUGUACGUUAAUGGUGUUCACCAAAUUUGCCAAGUUUUGGGCCAUUAUUUUUUCAAAUAUUUUGUGUCCUGUUCUCACCUUCCCCUGUUUCUGGGACUCCACUCUGCCAGUGUGCUUACUGGUGCCCGUGGGGCUGAGGCACCACUCUGUGUUCUGCAUGCUCUGCAGUGCUCCCCUGUGCUCUCUGUGCUCCCCUGUCUCCAUGCUCCCCCAUGCUCCCCGGUGCUCCCUGUGCCCUCUGUGCCCCCUGUGCUCCCCUAUGCUCCCACGUGCUCCCCUGUGCUUUCUGUGCUCCCCCGUGCUCUCCGGUGCUCCCUGUGCCCUCUGUGCCCCCUGUGCUCCUCUGUGCUCCCAUGUGCUCCCCUGUGCUCCCACAUGCUCCCCUGUGCUUUCUGUGCUCCCCCGUGCUCUCCGGUGCUCCCUGUGCCCUCUGUGCCCCCUGUGCUCCCACGUGCUCCCCUGUGCUUUUCAUGCUCCCCUGUGCUCUUCGUGCUCCUCUGUGCUCUCCGGUGCUCCCUGUGCCCUCUGUGCCCCCUGUGCUCCCACGUGCUCCCCUGUGCUCUUCAUGCUCCCCUGUGCUUUCCGUGCUCCUCCGUGCUCCCCAGUGCUCCCUGUGCCCUCUGUGCCCCCUGUGCUCCCAUGUGCUCCCCUGUGCUCUUCAUGCUCCCCCGUGCUCUCCGUGCUCUCCGGUGCUCCCUGUGCCCUCUGUGCCCCCUUUGCUCCUCUGUGCUCCCACGUGCUCCCCUGUGCUUUCCGUGCUCCCCCAUGCUCCUCAGUGCUCCCUGUGCCCCCUGUGCUCCCACGUGCUCUCCUUUGCUCUUCAUGCUCCCCUGUGCUCUCCGUGCUCCCCUGUGCUCCUUCGUGUUCCUUUGUGCUCCCCAUGCUCCGCUACGCUCCCUAUGCCUCCCCCAUACUUCCCCAUGCGCUUGUCCCCCCUAGAUGCAGUGGCCCCCUGGCCCUCUCCUGGCCGCCAACAGUGGGAGUGUUCCCUGGCAGGUAUUGAAUUUCCUGGGAUUUCCGCAGUUCCCUUUGUAUCGGCUUGCCGAUCUUCCCUAUUUGCUGACACGUUGUUCUCAGACUUUCUUGCAGCUCGUUAGACGUGGUUUCCUUCAGUUCUCUGCACACGCUUACAACAGCUGGUUUACGGUCGUGGACGUGGGUGUGCGCGGGCUGCUCCAGGGGCGGGCCUGUUGAGUGCCAUCUCCCCGCGUGUGGGGCAUCGUCUCUGCUGUCUCUGCGUGUCUCUGUUCUUUUAAGGCUGGAUGUUUAAAAUGAUGCGUUGUGGGGGCUCUGGAAAUCACGUCCUCCCCCCACCCCUCUGUCUCUGCAGUUUCGUUGCUGUUGUUGCGUAGCGAUCUGAUGAAGGAGUGUGGGGUCCUGUGUCCUCUGUCGCGAGUAGCCACGGAAGUCUGUUCGGCUGGCCUGGUGGGAGUGAGGUCUUCCUAAAUUCUAGGAACCAGCGCGUGCCCCGGUCUCGGCCAAGGGGCUCUGCGUGCGUUGGGCGUACCCGCCGCUCCCGGGCAGUGGACACCGAGGCCAGCGAGCAGGGGCUCCCCAGAUCUGCAGGCAGCACACGCGUAGCCCCGGGCACGUGCAUGGCCUUACGGAUUCUGGGACUAUGUUGGAGCUUUCGGAUGUCCCUGUGGACCUCUCGUGCCCCAGCUUUCCUUUGAGGCUUGUUUGUUAGUCUAGUUUUCGCCCCAGCCGUUACCUGCUGCCUCAGGCAGCUGCUGUGUUAAACAUUUGCCUCCGAUUUUUUGCCUUUCAACACAUUCCCUCGGAGAGAUGGCUGCUCCUACGGGAAGAGCUCCGGGUCACGUCAGAUGAAGACAGCCUCGAAAGCGGGGUCUCGAGGGAGCUACCGGACAGGCCGGAUAACGACACCUCUCUGGGAGGGGGCUCGGAGGGAGCUCCGGCUGCAUUCUGUCCCCUCCAGGGGCCGCCAGGCUGCUGGCUUUCCAGGUUACCAUGGAGACGGGGUGGGCAACGGGCGUAGGGCAGGCGAAAGUGCCACAGAGGUCACGGGUCCGGCCGAGACUCAGGUGUUUGUCUUGAAUAAACUUCCCACACUGCAAGUUGUCGGUAAAUUUCCAGAGGCCUGGAAAAGUUGAUGCUGACCGUUUUCGCCAGUGUCCUCGUGGCUUUUACGGGUAAGAGGCUUUUCGGAUGUCCUCGUUCUGCCGUUUUAUUGAUGUCAUUAUUCAGAAUUUUCAAAACAGCCUGAUGAAGUUUCCAAACGGUAAACUACGCACAGCUCGACAGGCUGUGAUGUGCGUGUCACACGCAACCGCCACGGUGGCCACGGCAGUGACCCCCCCCCCCCCCCCGUUCUCCCGGUCUCCCCGUGCCCACCCUCGAGCCCGCCCUCCGCCCUCUGCACAGACCCCCAUCUCCAGGCAACCGCUGACCUGCUUCCUGUCACCGUGGAGUAGUUUGCGUUUUCUCCAGGCUUACGUAAGCGGGAUCAGUCUGUCGCAGGGCAGCGUUGUUUUCAGAUUCCUCUGCGUUGCCACGCGAGGCAGGGUUUCGUCCCGGCUAACUGCCGACCGGGGUUCCCCGGUAAGGAGCCCACAGCUGGUUUCAGCCUGCCCUGUCGAUGGCGCUGGGGCUUUUUACAAAUAAAGCUGCUGUGGACGCUUACGCACAAGGCUUUGUGUGGAUGUGCACUCUCCUGCCUCUGGGAGAGUCACGUGGCUGGAUCGUAUGGAAGGUGUACGCUCAGUUUGAGAAGAAAUUGUUUUCAGAGGUGGCUGAGACACGUUUUGUUCCCACCAGCGGCGUAGAACCGGUUCACAGCCUCGCCAACACCUGACGUGGUCGGUCCUUUCAGUGUUAGCCUUUCUGUCGGCGGGGUCUCACCGUGGGCUUAAUUUUCCUAACGACCAGUGGUGUUGAGCGUUUUUUCCGUGUUCUGGAUUACUCUCUGUCUACCGUCUUUGCUGAAUUGUCUGCUCAAACCCUUCAGCUGUUUUCAAAGGGGUGCGUUUCUUACUAUUGAGUUUUGAGAGUUCUUUAUAUAUUCCAGAUACGACUCUGAUAUCAGACACACAGAUGGCAGGUGUUUCCUCCCCGUCUGCGGCUGCUCUUUUAAUUCUCUUCGUCGUGUCUUUUAAAAAGCAGGUAUUUUAAAGUUUGAUGAAAUCCGGUGUUAUUGAUUUGUUCUUUCCCGGACCGUACUUUUGGUUUUGAAUUUAAGAAAUCCUUUCCUAACCCAAAGUGGUAAAGAUUUUCUUCUAUGUUUUCUUACGUAGAGGUUUUGUAGUUUAGGUUUUGCACGUGGACGUACCAUGUGGAUGCUGGUUCGCCGGCGAUCCCUUGUAAGCUUGAUCGCUAGUCUGUGGCUCGGGGGUUACAGACAACGCUCGUCCCCCCCCACCCCACAUGGCUAGCCAGUUUCCUACACCAUUUGUUAAAAAGACUAUUUUCUCUGCUGAACUGCCUUUGCAUUUUUUGUCAGAACUCAGUCGUCUGUGUGCGUGGGUCUGUUUCUGGACUUUAUAUAAUUCUUUGCGAUCCUAGGGGGAAAGCGUUCGGUCUCACCGAUAAGAAUAGUGUCAGCUGUGGGUUUUCGUAGGUGCCCUUUACCAAGUGGAGGAAGUCCUUUUCUGUUUUGGUUUGCCCGGUUUUUAUCAGAAUGGACGUUGGCUUUUUACCAACUGCUUUCUCUGUGUCUAUUGAGAUAAUCCUGUGGUUUUCCUUUUGCUUUGAUAAUUUGGUGGUGAAUUACAUCGAUUGGAUUUUGAAUGUAAACCGACCUUGAGUUCGUGGGCUCCACCCCACUCAGUUAUGGUGCAUUAGUAUUUUGAAUUUACCGUUGGAUUUGAUUUAAUAAACUUUUUAAGAAUUUUU